CCAGCGCGUCUCUGCCUACCAAUAGGCAUGCUCGGCUCAGGCUCUGUGCAGUGCUCUCAGUCUCAGCAGCUGAAGCUGGGCGCAGGGGAACUGCAACGGCGGCGCCAAGCAUCUUCCCAGUGAUGGCCUCUGCUGAGCAGCCGUGCUCCAGCUUCCACCAGCAGCACUGCGCAUAAGGCAACACACCCACCUUUGCCCUCCUGCCCAGAAGUGAGAGAGACAACACCAUGUACAGCGUGGAGGACCUUCUCAUUUCGCACGGAUAUAAAUUGCCGAAGAGCGACCCUCCGUCUGCCACGCCUUUUGACAAGCGCCCUGCUGAUUGCCAGCGUGAACUUGUGGACAACAGGGCUGGCCGGGGGACGCUGAACGGGUAUGAGGCAGACCGGGGGGCAUCUAUCACUGGCAUCUAUGGCAGCAGGCAGGCACUGGUGAAGGGCUACCCCAGCAUAGACAUUGAGAGUGGGGAUAGGAACCAAAGGAGAAAAGAAAUUGGCAUCGGUAUCCUAGGUGACACUCAGCCCUUGGGUGAUUCUCUUGCUACAGAUAGUGGGUUCUACGAUGUUCCCAGUUUGACUUAUUCAGAGCCGCUGAGCCAUGACGAUAGGGAUGUUUCCUACUGGCGGAGGCGAGGUCAGGACUUCAGCAUCCUUCUGGACUAUGCUGAUGGCAGGGAGCUGAGGGCCUCUGCUGGAGCGUGGAGGCCACAGGCCCUGAUCACAGCAGAGGAAUACAGGGCAGAGAGGCAAGCGCAGCAGCUAUGGGAGGACAUUUCCUGGCUAAGGGACCCAGAUGCAGGACCUGGUCAGUUGAGAGUGACUGGGGAGAGGAAGUGCCAGAGCCUUGGAACAGAGGAAUGGAGGCCUGCUGUGGGCCUGGGAAGGCAGCUGUCAGAUGGGGAUGGGGAACGGUGGGCUCAGGACCACUACUACCGACUGAGGACACCGGAGGGUUUUUUUCACCCUAGAACUAAAGCAAAGUCUCAGUCUCUUCCCAGAGUUUUGUCACCUGAUGGACGUGACAGCAGAGAGCUCAUUCCAUCAAGGCCUAGUCUACCUGAUAGACAGAGGAUAAGCAGCACUGUCUUCUCUGGGCCAUACAGUAGGUACAUCUAUGGCGGCGGCCGGGACCGGUGGGGUAGGAGUAUUGGGCCAAGCAGCCAUGUUGCACUUUUACCAAAGCCCAGGUUCAGCAGGCCUUUAAAGCCUCCAUCAUACGAGAUUCACCAGCAGACUAGGGGUAGCGCAGAAAUGCUUGCUAUUGACCAGGGUGUCAAACAAAAAGACAGGCCUAUCUAUUAUCCAAGGGGUGGGGACCUAAGACAAGACUAUUUCGCACAACACUCUGCCAUCACUGGAAUGGAGCCUCCUGGCUACAUCCCACCCCCAUCUUAUAGAAGAGCCCUACCCCCAAGAGCAGUUUCAGUUAACCGCAAUGAAAUGGCAAACUUAAGAUGGAGGGCAGAAGCUUUGCAGAUGCCAAGCUCAGAUCCCGGAAGGUGGUUUUACAGACAGGCAAGUAGUUCCUGGCUGGAACCUUAUGGAGAACGUAGUGCGUCCUAUCGAAAACAGGUACUUUCUUCUGGACAUGAAGAACAACCAGGUCAUGCCCGACAGUUACCCACUGAAGACUCAAGAGCAAAACAAAUCUCAGGAGGGCCUGGCGGAAAUUCUCUAACAGAUAUAGACAAGAUGCGCAACAUCAACAAAGAGAUUCCGUCCGCUAAGAUUUUAGGACAAUCUACACAUGAUAGUGCCUUUCCUCCCCAACAGGGGCCAGCUCUCAAUACCGAAACCCGAAAAACAGCUCCCGGUGACAGCGACAGCAGUAAUCGAUGGCCCAACAGGGGAAUAAAAAAAAGUGACAGUGUAGCUUCUGAGCAAACCCGUACUCCAUUUUUACCUUCAUCUAUUCUGGGUAAACCACCGCCACCUCCAUGUAAGCCGGCUGACCAGGGUGUAUCUGAAACUGUGACAGAAGUAAAAAAGGCAGAGCAACCUGAACCACCGGAGAAAGACAAAACCAAGAAUCUUAAAAAGAGGCUUAGUGAAACAAUUUUUUGUUUGGUGUCUGUCCCUGUUACUCCGCAGCUCACUGGGACAAUUCGUGAUCAGAAUAAUAACAACGAGAAGUCGCCAGACCCAGCUGACAGUCCCAGUGGCAACAAAACUGGCCAUUUAACAAACCAAAGUCUCCAAAGCACAUCUUCAGCUGAAGCUGAGCUGCAAGCACUAACUGGUAGCAUAGCGAGCAGCAAAACGAGCAGUAGAGCAAGCAGCAAAAUGUUUAAAAAACUACCCUGUAGACCCCCUAAAAUAAAUCAUUACAAGGAGCUGAAGCUGUCAGGAUCCUGGCCUGCAAACCAGUAUCGAGACCAGGAGACACAAACUAGCCCAGAGGCCCGAAAAGCUGGCCCUGAAAACAAGGAAGCACAACAAGACCCUGUUCCUCCUGGCACCGAAGUAACCCCUGAUAGCGGCGGAGUAGUGGGCACUGCCUUCAGUUUUCCCAUAAAGGGAGUGAAGAGCCUAAAACUUUCAAGCAACAGCGCCUUCUCCCUGACCUCCACCUUCUCCAACCAGCUGAACAAGAGCACAGCUCAGCAGCCAGCAGUACCACCCUCAGGAAAUGUGGAGGAGAUCAAACCAGCAGCAAACACAGGACAGGAGAAAUUUGAACCGUUCCUUUUGAAACCGGCCACCCAGCGACCAUGGGAUGCAGUCAAAGAGCUGGAGACCAUUAAAAAAGAAGUCCAGGAUCAGCAGCAGCAACAGAGCAGCAAACAGCCCAGUGUUGACAAGUGCAUUGAGGACCUUAACGAGGCCUACAAAGACAUCUUGGAGCUAGGUACUGCCAGCAAUAAAGUCCCAAACGGUUCCGUCCAGAUCCCUGAGCGUAUCAAAAUCCGACUGACAUCAGAACCUCUCAACAAGCCCAGCAGCCUUAGGCGCAGUGCAGUAAGCUGGUCUGUUGACCCAGAAUACAGGGAAGUGAAGAGCGCCUUCUCCAGGCCUGCAACAAAGUCGGUAACCUUCAGCAAGCAGCUUAGGGAGGAGCUCCCGGUGCCACCUCGGGAGACGGGCUUCAGAGAAUACAGGGUUGUUGCACAUCUUUCACGCAGAAGGAGCAACGAUGGCAGGACAGUAAAAUUAGACCUGCCAGAUGAACCUAUCGAAACACCUCUUUGUGACUUUAGUCCAACAACGCACACCACAGCAGCUGAGGUGCCAUGGGCAGACAGACAGCCCAUGCAGGAUGCCUCUACACUCACUAGUCCUCCAGAUUAUGAAGACAUAUGCCAGACUUUGCGUCAGUCUAGAGACCCAUCGGAUGCCAGUAAAGCAUCCGCAGGCCAUUCCAGACCUAAUGACACAGAGACUCUUCAAGAUCUCAGUGCUGAAUCAGAGGAGGAGUGUCCUAUUUGUAAACGAGAGCUUGAGAAUCAGAUGAGACAGGGUCCAUUGCCUCCACUUCACGAGGAGAACAGCUCAGACAGCUCGGCCAAUCAAAAUGGCAGUCCGCCACAAUGCACUGCAUUAGAAAGUCCAUCAGAAGAUACAAAAAUAGAGGAGCCAAAUGCAUCAUGUUCAAAUCAGUCAGGGUCUGAAGUGUGUGCUGAAAAAACAGAGCAGCAUUCACUGACACAGGAGAAUGUGGGAGAGGGUGAAAAAACAGACAAUGCUCAGGCAGAAAACUUGGACAAUUUAUGCAUAGUUAAUCCUGCUGAGAGCAUACCAGUGGAUGGAGCCACAGAGGAUCUCUCCUCUGCAGCCACAGUAUUAGCAGCUGAUCAGCCCACAGACCCUCAAGUCACAGAGGAACAGAGUGUUAAUGAAACAGCAACUGAGGAAGAAAAAUCAGAAGAUAAAGAAGCCACUGCAGGAGAAACACCUGAAGGCAGUGCAGGCAAACAGACAGCUGAAGUGAAAACUGAGGAACAAGACAAUGCAACGCCAGUUGACAAGCAGGAGCAAGAGAAGAAGCCAUUUGCUCUCCCAGAGCAUAGACUUGGUCUACGGACUCAUCUAGGGCGAGACCUCCCUGGGUUACCUGAGUUUCCGCCUGAUAGACUGCCACUUUCCGUUCCCCCGAACCUAGACCGCAGACUAUCUCUUAGCUUGGAGGGUGAGCGGAGGAGCAAGGGCCCCUCACAGCGAAUUGAAGCAUUGCAGAACAAACUGGCUAUUUCUCCAGGUCGGGUGGCAGUUGAGCGACUCGCCCGGAUGAGAGAUGUGGAUGUUAUGUAUCGUGUGAGGCGCUUAAGCAUCAGGAGUACUGACUCUGGGGAAGGGGAGACAGAGGCAGAAGGGGAGGGCAAGGAAGAACAAGCAGAGGAGUUCGACCCUGCUCCUCAUAUGGACAAAGACAACGAGCAAGAGGUCACCAACUCACAGGAGAGCCCCGAGACAGUGUUGCAAGAUGAACAGGAGUCACCUCUCUCAGAACCCCAAUGAUCCCAGCCGAGGGGAGACAGUGUAGAAAGACUGCGUCCACCAUCUCCAUCUGAGGUUUUUAGCUCCAACACUGUGACCUGGCUGCCUACUAGAAUGCCUUCAUCUCAUCUUGACACUGAAAUUGCCUUCUUGUCCGACAAGAGCAUUGUGUACACCCUCACCCUCGGCGCUGCGUUGACUACUAAGAGUGCUGUUCCACUGCCAAAGGGAGGUGCCUCUUUAACUUGUGGGGCAACUUCCACCCAGAAUCCCACCCCAGCCUUCCCAAACUGACUACCCACUACCCCAUCCGUCCUCCAUCCCCAACCCCAUCCUCUUAUAGGGUUUCUACUAGUUAGUCUUGUAGCGGCUUGUCCUUUCUAUUCUAUCCUCCCUAUGCUUUUCUCAUUGGCAGACAUUAUGCAAUUCUGUCGUGCAUACUAGAAUUUCUGAAAAUGUCCGCAGCGAAAACAUUUUUCGCAUACCUGAACGUUUCUGUUUGUUUACGGGCGAGUUGUUGAGGAUUAUGAAUGUAAGUGUUUAUGUUUAACCUAAUGUAGACAUAGAGGGGUUUAUUGUCACAAACAUGUUCUGUUGCAUUUAAACUACACCAAAAUAACCUGCGUAUUUGAUUGUGGUAAGGCGACAGCUGUUUUAGAACUGGACAUCACUGUCUUUGGCUAAAGAACUGUUUUGAUUUUCAGAUGAGAUAAAUCAGCCUUUCUUUUUAAAAAAAACAAAAAACAACUGAAUGACAUUGUGCCCUUUCUCAUUGCUUUUGUACACACUGCAACCAUAACUCUGCAACCAUAGCUCUUCAGUGAAGAGUGACUCUAUACCACAUGGCAUGACAGAUCAGUAAACUAUAAGAUAACGUUGGCCCUACUUUAGAGGGGGAGAGUUGCCUUUCUUAACUAGAUGUGCGAUUCCUGGUUGGAUAAGGUGAAGUCUCUGAUUAGUCCCCUGAUCAAGUUCAAUCUAUAGCUCCCAUUUCCAGGUAAUUUCAGGAAGCAAUAAGGGCACAGAUUGAGUUUAAAUGAUGGUUUAAGCAACCUUGAUAAACAUUAAAGAUCGAUAUAGGAAUUUAGAACAACAACAAGAAAAAAAAAGAUAUGUAGAGCAAUAUUGUAAAAACAGGUCAGUGGUGUAGUGGAGCUACCUGUAGGAACCAUUGUCAGGAGUCUUAAGUGUGAACGUGUCAUUGAGAUCAUAUUACAGGGAAAUGGAUUCGUGUCAGGGUAUAGGGGCGCUUAACAGGGGGUGGGUGCUUUACUUCAUGAUAUAUAUAUAGAUAUAGAUAUAUCUAUUUAUAUAUCUAUGUUCAUACAUCUGUUUCGCAAAGAGGCGACAUUUCACGGAAUAUUUAUUUUUGUUAUCAUCAAAUUGUUAAUCAGUUUGCAUAAUGUACAAAAUAAAGUAUAUUUUAAAUAUUUUAAGAGAAAUUUUGUAUUUAACCAUGACAUUUUAUUUCUCCACACCUAUAACAAGCUGAAAGUAUCAUACAAGUGUAUAGUAUCAUAUUGAGAGUAUACAUAAUUUUCUAGUGCUUUAAAAUCUUAACAGAGCGGUAUAAGGAGGGAUGGCCCUGUGGUGUGCCUUGAUCACACGAUUUUGGUUUGAGUGAGAAAAAGGGUUCAUCACUGCAGGAGUUAAACCUGAUGGAAACUUUCUGAUUGUGCCAUGAUUUCCUGUUUGAUAGUGCUCUUUCACAUGCUAACAGAGUCAGUGUUGGACGCUCCUUGUGAUAUUUGACACAUCAAUCCAUCUCAGCUGUACGUUGGUGGUCAGACAUGGCCUGUGUCUUAUUUCUGUCUUUGUAUGUCUUCCAGUUUGAAUCAUGUAUCGUUCUGUUGUUGGUUCCACAAAAAAAAAACAUGUUUAGAAAUAAAAUUGGGAAUUUUUUUCUUUUCCUUCCUUCCUCCCACCCUUCCUUCGUUUCCUCUUCCUUCUAACCGCCUCCUUUCUUCCUCCGUUUCUUUCAUCUCACGGCGUGUUCAUUUUGUGUAAAUUGUUGUGCUGUCACUAACGCUUAUUGCACUAAAAGAUGCAAUGUAGGAUGCAAUUUUAGGCUAAAAACCACAUAUCUGCAUAAUGUUUCUUUAAAAUAAAUUUUAAAUUAUGAGUCUAAAGCUAAACGAUGAUUGAAAAAAUUGCCUUUUGGAUUAAAACAAGUUUGCAGGUACGUGGGUUUUCUUUGUUUUCAUAAAAGGACUGUUUCACUGGUGUAACAUAUUUAAGAGAUCUGUAGGAAUCCAUCACUGUUUAACCAUCAACUUACUGUUAUGUAGCAUUUUGCAGUUGUAGCAUUUUUAUCAACUCAGACCUUUGUCUUGGUAUUUCAAACAUUUCAUGUAAAUCCGAAAUAAUCAUGUCGCCUUAUGAUGUGUGCAUUACAUUACACUCCAGGAAAUGCCAAAUAUUAACGUACUAAGCACUGUUUCAUACCUUAGGUUUGUACCAACAACUUACUGUUCUGCCAUCCCUCUGGCUGGAGAGGUACAGUAGCAUUGCGGAUAGUUUCUGCUCUUCAUGCUGUUUAUCUGUAGGAACAUUGAGUCCAAAACUGUGAACUUCAAACAAUACAAAAAGCAUAAUUUAUUAUAAGUACGAGAGGAGGGUCAGUGCUUCAAGACAAGCUCAUAGCAUCACAGGGAGGACAAGCUGGCACGCCCAUAAUUACUAACACAUCUCAUUUUCAAUUCAUUCUGAAGACUAAAGGGCCUCGCCUUAGUCUGGUGUAUAAACUGCCCCUGACGACAUUUAAAUAGCUAUUUCAGUACAUACGCCCCCCUCCCCCAAUAAUUGGCAUGUCAGGUACACUUGAACAUAGUGUCGUUUGACUUUUUGUACUGCAGGUUAUGUGCAACAUGAAGUAAUUAUGCACACUUGUAAUAUUUUCUAUUUUCAUAUGAGAUUUAAGUGCUUUUUGUACUCACUGACAUCUUUUUUUUCUUCCUUGCAUGAAAUGCAAGAGAGAGGAGGAAAAAAAAAUGUUUUUCAUAAAGUAUAUUUGCAUUUGGUACUCCAAUAGUAAAACCAGUGGGCAAAACAUUAUGUUUCAUAAUUUAAUUUACAAAACUAUGCCAAGUAUUUAAAAGCUAUUUUUAGAGUAAAUCAAAAGAGAACUCAUUCAUUUUUUUUCU